GUUAUGUUAGCAACAAUUUAAAUUCAUGUAAUGUAAUUUGCUGUUGUAUAUGAACAUGUUUCAGCACCCAUCUAAGGUAAGGUUAUUGUAGAAAUUUAUUCAAGGAGGGUAUUGACCAUGGUAAAAGGUGAAUGUCAUAAACAUUUGGCUGGGAUAGGUUAUGUUAGCGUCAAUUUAAAGUCAUGUAAUGUGAUUUUGCUGUUGUACCUGUAUGAUCAUGUUUUAGCAGGUUUCUAUAAUGUAAGGCUAUGACCAUUUGUAUACUUAAUUAUUGAAGUAGUGGUUAAAAUCUGUGUAUAAAAGACAGAGGGUAUUCUCUAAUAUUCACCAGUCUUCAAGAUUUCAUCCCAGGACAAGAAGCUCAGUUCAACAGAAAUACUACCAAAAUAAAAUGUCGUACCGUACAAUUGCUUCAACUGAUUCAGAGAAUGAACAUUUUAGCGAAUCAAUUGAUAUAAGACCGUCUUUUUCAAAAACAAAACCUGGAUCAAAACGUUCUGCAGAAAAAACAAGUGUUAAAAAACCUAUGAAAAAGAAGCAGAAUAAAAUGAAUGCAUCAUACAGAGAUAAUAUCAGCGAACGCUUGAGAUCAGAAGAUUUUGAUGUUGAAGUAUUUAAUUCGCUAACAUUCAGACAAGGAGAUGGCGUUGUGACAAUAAAGACGCCUUUUGAAGAAAAAGGAAAGGAUCUUUGGGUGCUAAGUCAUUAUAAGGUUACUAACAUCGAGAAUGUGCCAGUAAAGGACAGAUGGAAGUUCAGUGAAGCUACUGUUAGAUUGUACACGACCGACGAAUCAAAAGAUCAAACACUCAAUGGGUGGGUUCCAGAUUAUAAGAGAUAA